CUCAAACAUUUCCUCGAUGCCUUCCCUUCUUUUAACAAAAUCAAUAUCAGCAAUGGAUGCGCUAACCGUUCCUGUGAUGGGGUCCUAUCAAUCAAAUAACCAUGUAUAAACCGCAAUGAAGCAGUUGGUUAGGUAACAAUUGGUCCGACCUACCAGAUCCAAUUUGGGGGAGAAGGGCCAAAUGGAGGGCAGAAUCGACGGAAGAUUAAACGUAGUGGAGGGUCAACCGGAAGCUAUGGAGAUCGAUGUGGAUGGAAUGAAGGCUGAGACAGCAGUGUUGCAUCAAGAUUCGGUAGUGAUACGUCAAGACUUGCAAGAAGUCAUGAGAAUCUUGGGAGGAAGGAACCGCGACCAAGAGGGACAAUCGAACGGAAGUCAAGCGUCCGUGAAUGCAAAUGGGAGGGCAAGGCAAGAAGAAGAUGAUGGAGGAAGAGAAGUUGAACGUCCGGAGGGGCAAUACAGUUGGAGGAAACGAGUGGAGUUAGCGGCCUUUGAGGGACUCGAUCCGCUGAAUUGGAUCAACCACGCCGAGAAGUUCUUCAAGUUACAAGGGAUGGCGGAGGACGAAAAGGUGCGCCUGGCAUACAUUAGCAUGGAGGAAAGCGCUGGGUAUUGGUUCCGGACCUGGAAGGAGAAAGCCAAGAAUCGUCCUUGGGAAGGUCUGAAGGGAGCAAUGGUGGUGCGAUUUGGAGGAAAGAACAGGGGUACAAUCUGUGAAAGGUUGGCGGCCAUUAAGCAGUCGGGGACGGUGGAAGAAUAUAAUCAAGAUUUCGAAACUUUAGUGGGUCAGACAAAGGGAGUGGCGGAAGAAUAGCUAAUGAGGUACUUUCUUGCAUGACUGCAAGAGGGCAUCUGCAAUCAAGUUCCACCCCAUGACCCACAAGAAUUGAGGGAGGCUAUGAGGAUCGCAAGGGAUAUAAGGGAGGCCCACAGCGAUGCAAAGGCUGGGAACUGGAGCACAACCAAGAAUCAAGCGUCUUGGGGGCGAACGACAAGAGCGGUGACGCCGUCUGAGCCCAGUCGCUAUAACCCGGAACGAUCGGGAGGCGCCGAGAGUGUGGAGUCCGUGCGGAAGGAAGGAAACAUGGGUGAGUGGGGUGGCGAAGGUGGGAAGUGAUAAUAAGGGUGAGGAAAAAUCAGUUUUUCCGUGGGUGAAAAGAGAAGAAGUUGAGCACAACCUGGUGAGAGUUGAAGAGAAUAAUAAUAAUAAUAAAAGUAACAGUGAAGGUGUUGCGGAGCAAGCGAUUAGCGGUGUUUAAAUAGUGAAGGUGGUGGAUGUGGCCACCGAGGACCAAGGGAAGCAAAGGGGGCUUGUAGUUAUUGAUACACCUGCAGAGGGGAGAGAGCUGCUUGAAGCAUUGAAAGACAUUGAAGACCAUUUUCUCAGGGCUUAUGAUUCUGGAAAAGAGGUGACCAAAAUGCUGGAAGUUAAUAGAAUCCAAGAAGAAUGGAAGACAUUGGAGAAUGAUUUGCCACCACCCAAGCCUCCCGACCUGAAUCGGAAGGCAGCAGCCAUUGGGUUCCCUUCAUAUGAUAACACGGUGAUGAAGAGGAGCCAGGAGAUCAAGUUUCACGAUUCCAACCUUGAGGACAAGGUUGUUCUGCAGCGGGGUAUAAUGAUAGGAUAUAAAGUAAUAGGAUAUAGUGGGUUUAGGAGAGCAGGAAGAGUUAAUACAGAGUUAAUAUCCUAACUGUUCUAGCAAUUAGGAUGGGUGGGAAGGGAGGUCUUGUAUAAAUAGAGUUCUAUUCUUUGUUAGAAGGGAGUUUUUUUUGUAUUCUUUGUGUAAAGACAGGAUAUUGGCUUGUGGGGUGGAUUAGGCUCCCGUUAGAUCACUAUAGGUGUACAUUUGUUCUUUUGGUUAAUACAGAAGUUCUAAUCAUUCUAUAUGUGUCUUCUGUGAGAGUUUGUGAGGGAGUUGGUUAGGUUUCAUUGCCCAGAAACCUAACAGGCAGGGUCUAAUAUGUAGCUAUUCUGUUAUGGAGAAAGGGAAAAGAAUCUGACUCAAACCCUUCCUUUCUGCUUUUUUUGGCAAUUCAACAAUUUCCGGUUUUCAGUCCUUUCUCUUUUUAUGCUACUCCAGUAGCUUUCUUCCAUACUUGAGAUAAUACACACACAGAUUUCAUCCUUUGUUUUAAAUUACUGCUUCUCUUGAGGGAUUGGGUUUUAAACAUAACACAUGCACCCAAAAAUCCCA